AUGUCGAAUCCUCGCAUUGAGGAGCUCCCUGAUGAUGAACCAAGCAAAAAGGGUGCCGAUGUUGAGGAUGCAUCAAGCAGCUCGGAUUCUGAAGAAGGAGAGGCCGAAAAAGGCGAAGGUGGAGAAAGCAUACCAGGAGGAUCGUCCGUCACAGUACAUUCUCGCAACGAAAAGAAAGCUCGGAAGUCGAUUGCCAAAUUGGGUUUGAAGCAUGUGCCAGGUAUCACGAGGGUCACAUUAAGGAGGCCGAAAAAUAUCCUGUUCGUCAUCAAUCAACCAGACGUUUACAAGUCACCAUCAAGCAACACCUGGAUUAUUUUCGGUGAAGCCAAGAUUGAAGACUUAUCUUCCCAGAUCUCUGACAGUGCGCUUAAAAACAUGGCCCCAACAGACAAUGCAGGUGACCACGCCGGACACAACCACGCUGCAGACAAGGGCAAGGCAAUUGAGGGCGGAGAGGCAAAGAAAGAAGAGGAGGAAGACGAUGGGGAGGAAGUGGACGACACGGGUCUAGAGGCAAAGGACAUUGAGCUAGUCAUGGGCCAAGCCAACGUCUCCAGAAAGAAAGCUGUCAAAGCUCUGAAAGAAAACGACAACGAUAUUGUGAAUAGUAUCAUGGCACUGUCUAUAUAA